AUGAAGCUUCUCACAAAGGAAGAGGAGAAUGCUCAUUACAGCGCCGUCCUUCGAGGUGGCACCCUAGGCACCGUCACCGGUCUCAUAGGAGGUGCUGCCGCCGUCCUGGCCGCAUCCAAGCGUUUCCCAACCAUCCAGAACCUUACUCUGCCCAUGAAAGCCUUCCUCGUCACAUCCUCCGGCACCUUCGUCGGCAUCAUUGCUGCUGACCACGCCUCCCGCUCCUAUGAAGCCUCCACGCACAGUGAACAUCAGUUUCUCGGCGAGCGGGAGGCUCGUCUGCGCCAGGAAGAGCUGGCAUCCAUGUCCGCAACAGAACGCAUGUGGGACUUCAUCCGCAAGGAGAAAUAUAAGCUCAUCACCGUGUCUUGGGUGGCUAGUAUGGUAGCAUCGUGGAUGUUGGUUAGCAGGAAUCCCACUUUGACUAAGGGGCAGAAGAUUGUGCAGGCUCGUGUGUAUGCGCAGGGCCUGACGGUGGCCGUCAUGGCGGGCACUGCUGCUAUGGAGAUUAGUGAUCAGCGAAAAGGGAGGGGGUUGCUGGAUAAGAUGAAGGAGAAGCAGGCGAAGACGAAAGAGGAGGAGAAGAAGAAGAGGCGGAAGGAGCGGUAUCAGGGGGAGGAAUUGUGGAAGGAUAUGGUUGAUGCUGAGGAAGAGAGGAUGAAGGCGAGAGAUGCUAGAAAGCAGGCGGAGUCGAACGCAGAGAAAUAA